AUGGCCAAAAGCGCCCGCUCCUCCGUUCGCAAAUGCAAUAAUGCCACUCUCCGAGCCAAAGUAUUCGGACCCGUCGACGAUGCAUGUACAGCCCGCCUCUCCGCAAAACUACUAGAGAUCGCUGCGACCCCUAAACGCUCUACUGAGCGAAGGAUGGAUGUCGAUACCGUGGAAGAGGAGGAGGAAGCUCAGAGAGAUGUGGCCGGUUCAGCUGAUGAUAUGGAUGUUGAUGGUCUUGCUCCCAGAGUCAAAGGACGAAGUGCGAAGCAAAUCGCCAGCAGAGUCACCAAGAAGAAAAAUACUCGCAGAAAAGCUAGAAAUCUAGUUGUCUGCCCAUCGAUAAAGACGAAGAAGAAGACUGGAUUCAAAGGACCAGGUUUUGACAGGGGGAGAUGA